AUGCUACCACCAGCUCUCUUCGUGGCAAUUGUUGUUUGUUUGCUCCUCUUUCGAAAGUACCAGAAAUAUCCAAACGUACCUCCCGGUCCUCCCGCGGUGCCUAUACUCGGACACUUGUUUGCUUUGCCUUCCACCCACCAGUGGAAGACUUUUGCCAAUUGGAGCCGGGACUACAAGUCUGAUAUCCUACAUCUUUCAGUUGCUGGAAAGUCUAUCAUCGUCCUCAAUUCCUUGCAAGCGACAAAUGACUUGAUGGAGCAAAGGUCGCGAAUAUACUCUGAAAGACCGCGCCUGCCAAUGAUCAACGAGCUGAUGGGAUGGAACCAACAAUCCUUGGCUAUGGGUCUAAUGCCAUACGGCAAUAAAUGGUUGGCCCGCCGAAAAAUUGUGCAGCAAGCCUUCAGCAAGCAAUCGCUCAUGUCCUAUGGUUCACAACUCGAGAAGUGCACCGAAAGUCUCAUCAAUGAUCUUUUUGUACAACCAAGCGAGUUCAUGGCUCACUUCAAGCGCAUGAGCACAACGUUCAUCAUGUCGACAGUCUACGGAAUCGAGGUGAAAGCGGGGAGUGGCGACCCAUUCAUUGGUGCAAAUGAGGCCGCAGUCGAUGGUCUUAAAGCUGCUGGUAUUGCUGGAAGAUUUCUGGUCGACACCCUGCCAAUCCUGAAAUACGUACCGGAGUGGUUUCCCGGCGCAGAUUUCAAACGAUUGGCACGCGAGUGGAAGGAAAACAUGGUUCUUGCGUUCAGAGCUCCUUUUGAAGAAGCGUGGAGCCAGUUCUCCAACCACACCUUACAGCCUUGUCUUGUUCUCAACUCUUUGGAUGAACUCGGUGUGGACAAUGCAGACGACAGCGAUGAGAGGAUCAAUACUGUGCGGGAUGCUGCUGGGAGUAUCUAUACUGCUGCUGUCGAUACCGCAGUGUCGUCGCUUGCAACCUUUCUUUUAGCGAUGCUCGCCAAUCCAGAAGCACAAAAACUGGCUCAAAUAGAACUGGACCGUCUCGAACGACUCCCUCUCCUCCAAGACGACGCUUCCUUGCCAUAUAUCUCUGCGCUCGUUAAGGAAGUGCUCAGGUGGAAGAACGUUGCGCCAUUAGCGAUACCCCAUUGUGUGGCUGAAGAGGAUGAGUACCGUGGAUAUAAGAUUCCCAAAGGCGCAACCAUCAUCGGAAACAUUUGGGCCAUUUGCCACGACGAUGCAAUAUAUCCAGACCCGGAUAAAUUUAGCCCUGAACGCUUUCUUGGGAAUAAUCCUCGACCAGACCCAGAUGUAGCUUUCGGCUUCGGAAGACGUACAUGUCCAGGUCAACACCUUGCAACCUCCAUGCUAUUCCUCUGUAUCGCGCGAAUCCUCGCAGUAUUUGAGAUUUCCAAGGGUACAAAACUGGACGAGUUUGGUAGAGAAGUCGACGAUGAACCGUCAUACGAGUAUUCGAGCGGUCUGGCGGCUAUGCCACUGCCAUUCAAGUGUACUUUCAAGCCACGAGCUCUUGCCAAUGAGAUGAUCUAG